UCUCUUGUCAUCUCUUGUCAUUUUCCUCGCAAUGCCGCGCAAGCCGAUCGCCCUUGCCGCCCUGGCACUAUGUCAAGCGGAAUCCAACAACUCCCUCUCGGCCCUUCACAGCCAAAUCCAAGAGGAGCUUCAUCGCAUUAUGAUUGCGACCUUUGUGGCAGAAAAUGCUGUGCAAAAUCGAACUCAAGAGGUACUUUCACUCCGGGAAAGCGAGCAUAUUCUUUCAGAGUGUGGGCCAAGAUACGAUGCUGCAAAAGCAAAGACUGUGCAGGCAAAGGAUGACAUCUCAAAGCUCCAGGCAUCAAUCAACCAGACCAAGAUAGACCUCCUUGCGAUGGAGGCCAAGGUGCAAAAAGCCAAUGCCUUUGAGCAAAGAGAGAAGGUUGUUGAGGAAGAGGCAGAAAAGGAAGCAUGGGCGUCGCGGAGCAAGGCUGACGCUAUACUUCCCCAGGAUGAUGCUUGGAUUAUUGGUGGCAUGGCCAUCUUUGUCAGCUGGCUCAGCAGUCUUCCUUGCCAGAACCUGAUCGCCGCUUUGGCUGGUGCGCUGGGAGCUGCCGGCUUUCUGAACAGCGAACUCUUUCUGCAGGCAAGCAGCGUGCUUGUGGUAGCACUUGGGGCUGGAGUUGCAGCAGGUACAAAGUUCUUCAGCUCCUGGGGUAGCGAGCCAAUGUUGUUGUCUAUCCUUGUAGGGAGCGAGGCAGCAAUACUUUCAGCGGCUGCUGCUUUUGUUGGUUUCGCGGGCUUUCAGCUAUUCAUAGGAGCAGUGAUAGGCCUACUUGUUGCUCAGAUCUUUGUAUCAUGGGCAGCUGGCUGGUGUCCCGGUGUGCCAUUCUGGUACUUGGUCUUCCUAGCCGUGGGUGUAGCAGCCACCGGCUUUGGUGACAAGACUGCUGCUGCAGUGCUCGGCUACGCCGCAGCAGGUUUGAUGCUGUCAAGUUGCGUGGUCUUCUUCUUGGCUGAGUUUUUCACAGCUGCAGAGCUGCCAGCUUCAUGGGUAGACUCGGUAGACGCUUUCGUGAACGGUGAUCAGCCCAAGCAAAAACUGGGAGAGAUGGCUUUCAUCAUUCGCCUUUGCGGUUUCGUGCUUUGGUUUGGGACAAUGGCCUUCGGCAAGAAGUGUUCUGCUUGGUUCAGAGACAAGCUUCAAGACAAAGAACCCUUGAGGCAGCUUGCAGAGCCGCUGAUGGACUCACCGGCAGCCGUUUGAUUGCACUGUGCCACUUCGGUACGAAGGGCCUGGAAGUGCUUCCAGUCCAGAAUUGCUUCACCCGUAGAGACCAGACACUGCCAGACACUGACAAGAAUGGCGCCGCAGUUCCAAGAUGUUUGUUCAGUCCGUUGAGUCUGUUGAGUCCAUCAAACUUGAAAUGUUCUGCAUCCAGGUUCG